CACUGGAUGAGAAUGUGCAGACUAUUUAUUCUAUGCAAAUCAAUGGGAAGUGCAAUGUCUUGAAACUGUAUGACACUCAUUGCUGAAUAGAUUAGAUUUCAUGUGGAUGCUGUCCAAUACUUGAUUUUGCACAAGUAAAAAUGAAUGUACUGAAUUAACUAAGACGUGACUGCAACUAGGCUACUGAAAACAUAUUGUUUGUUGUUGCCUGUUGGUUUUAUCGUAGCAGAGGCCUCUUCGACUGUAUUACAUUCAGUAUGACGUCAUAUAUCCCCACCUCCAAUCCUGUGCCAGAGACACACAGCUUCCGGUUACAGUCUCGCUUUUUCAGCCAAGCCGUUUAUUCUUCGGAGCGUGUGAGAGUGAAGGUGCUUGCUUCAACGAAGGGGAUCUGAGGGGAAGAAAGGGUCUUAAGACAGAUGUGACAGAAAUGUCUGGUUUUUGGAACAAGUUUAGCUCCUACUCGAUGACGCAGCUCAACGAAAUGCUUGAAGAUGAUGACAAACUUAACAAAAUUAUUCAAGAAAUGGAAGAGAUGCAGGAGGUGCAGCAGAUCAAGGAGAUGAUCCUGGCCAGUAACCGGAGCCUGGCAGAGCAGAAUCUUCAACUGCAGCCCAGCCUGGAACACCAGAAGAGCCAGCUCACCAAAUGCUACGGCUCACUACAGGAGAGCUUUGAGGCCUACCAGGUCCACAAGUCCAAACUAGACCACACCUCUGGGAACAGUUCAUUGGACACAUUGCUAGCUCUACUGCAGGCAGAGGGAGCCAAGAUUGAAGAGGAGACUGAGAACAUGGCCGACUCCUUCUUGGACGGCGACGUCACCCUGGAUACCUUCAUAGACUCGUACCAGAGCAAGAGGAAGCUGGCCCACCUGAGGAGGGUGAAGAUUGACAAGCUGCAGGAGAUGGUGCUGAAGGGCCAUAGGCUGCCCCAGGUGCCAGUCUCUUGCUCCCAUCCCCAGGAGGUCUCAGCCAGGCCAGCCCCCCUCUAUACAGAGGCAAACAACCACUCCCCUGUGCCCCAGCCCAGGAGAGCCCCUCCUCCCCCUCCAGCCCAACAACCCCCAGGUGUAGCCCCCCAGCCUGCUGUCUUGUCCUAUCCUGCCAUCCCAUACCCCCCUAUCCCCCCCAGGGCAGCCCACCUUUUGCCCAGUGUCAACCCGGAGCACCAGCACCACUUCAUGUCUCAGUGCCCCCCUGUCCUUCCUCAAAGGCCUCCCCCUAGCAUGGCCCCACAGUCUGGCUUCAUGAUUCAGUAGUGAAGGGGGUACAGUACAUGCAGUGGACAUGCACUGCAGUCUUGCUGGAACUAUCUUCUGUCAGGCUGUGAGCCUCUGAAUAUGGCACAAUGUAAUGCAAAGGGGGUCGACUAACUUAGAUUGAAGGCUGGUCUGGGCAUGUUCAACUGAAAAACAGAAUCGAGUUUGAAUUUGCACUCUUCUCACCAGAAUCAGCACUCCAUUGCUACAACACCCCAGAAAUGACUUGACUGACUAGUGCUUGCAUCUGAAAAGUUAAAUCUCUCAGCGGCAGGGCUUUAGAUGUAGUCUAAAGUGAAAUUAAUGUCAAUUUAUGGUUAGCUGGCCUCAUAAAACUGUGCUGGCCAUGACCCCAGUCAGAUGAGGCCUAUUUUUUUCAGCACUUUAUGCCCCUCAGGUGUUUCUUCAGUCCUCCCUCUUCCUCCUCUUCUUGCCUGUUACAGUGAAGGUGCCUCUCAUCAUCUGUCAUCUGUGGUGUCUAAAGCAAAUGGGGACUAGAGCCAUUCAUUGUUUCUCAUUUGAUCUACAGUGUCAUUUGAAUUUGUUGUUUUUAUAUUGUGUAACCAGAGACUUCCCAGAAGACGAUGGUAAAUCAUAUGCAAAAUGAAUGUCGGACAGACAUUUUGAAAGAACUAAUUUGUGAGGCGUGUGCAUCUCUUCUCCAGCAUGGACAGUUGUCAAAAAAGUGUGUGGAUCUCAUGUCCAAUCCAAUAUGGAGGACAGUGGAAUUGGUCUCUGUCGCUCAGGGCAGACAUGUGCAAACAUGCACAUAGUAGGGGUGGGUGGGGGUUGAUGUCACAAACACUCUGAAACCUUGGCCUCUUGGUCUUGCCUGCGAAGGAUCAGUCAUUGCCAUAUAAUCAAUUUACCUUAAGUGUUGUUUUAGUCAAUAAUAUAAUAAGCAUACUUGAUGCGCAACAGUUUUGGAAAAUUAUUUUUUUGUCCUUCCAUAUAUCACUCCUUUAAUCAUUGAAUGCUGUUUUCUCUUGGGUACGUUAUAAAGCUGAUUAUCGUCAUUGCUGUUGAAACAAGAUUAGUCUAUUUAAGUUCAUUCGGUGAUAUAACCAUAUACAGUCCAUAUCAAAUCAAGUAUAUACUGCAACUAAGCCAGUCAUCCACUGUUGUGUGAACAGUAAUACCCUCUGUAAUUGAAGGUAAUUAUCACAUUGACUGAACAACAAAGACACUGUUAUCUUAAAGAGAUUAUCCGGUGCUUUUAUAUACUUAGCCAGUAGAUCUGAAAGUAGUGCUCAUGAGCCAAAAGUGGUCUGCGAAAAUGGCGUACUAUGUCACAUAUGUGCACCACGUCAUUGCUCUGCUGUGUAUGCAUCUUGCUAGCUGUCUUUCAAAUGGUGAGUGGCUUAAGCUCAUUGGCUAGAACUCCAAAUUGCUAGGGGGCUGGUCCAGAUAUAGGGAAAAUGUUGCACAGCUUCCAGAAAAACAUUCUCUUUCAAACUAGGGAUUUUGUGGCUAAUUGAAGUAAGACAGUAAUUCUGCUCAUAGAUUAUGAAUGUAUGAACUACACAUUGACACGUCAAUUCCAAAGCCAUUUAUUGAGAAACCAUUGUGUAAAAUUACUAUUUUCAUACUUUCCUGCAUCCAUUUGUCAGGUUUAUACCCAUGUUAUGGCAGUAGUUUGAGGUGUGCACAUUUUUAUGUUUGAUCCAUAUUGAUGAAAAAUCCAAAAUAAUACAGUACCCAUCUAAAAUGUUUCUUGCACCAUUUUUAUUACAAGUACUAAUCCUAAAGAAGUCACAUCUUAAGUGUUUGGUUACCUUGGUCUAAAUGCUGCAGUUGUGCACUGUUCGAGCCACUGAGAGCCUACACUGAACUGGACUGAUAUGGAGGAUUACACGGCUUGACUGCUCUUCUGGUCUGGAUCACCUUAGCCACUAUAAAAGCACCAUCAUCAAAGUCUACUUCCCCAGGCUGUUAUCAUUUGCUGUCUGCAACUGAUGUGAUGGUGGUGCAUGCCUGGGGGCAGGAAAGGCUUGAGUCUGUCUGUCUGCCAGGCUUCUUCUCUCCUAACUGGUGCUAUGGGGCCGGUGCAGUUUUCUUCUGAACAUGUGCCAGAGAUAUGUCCUUGGGGUGUGUGCCUAAUGCUUGUGGUACUCCUACAGCUUAUUUGUACCAUCAAUACGAACUGUGGUUUGCCUGCCCUGAGGUCGGUGACCACCAUUUAUGUUCUUAUGCAUAUCGGUGGUUCGCCAAGACAACAGGGCUCCUAUAUUUUUAAAUGUAUCUUAAUAUCAAACAGAAAUGCAUCUUUCUGAGAAAUUGGCCAAAUCGGCGCAAUAACAGUUUGCCGUAAGUUAGGUUGAAGAAAAAGCCAUAUUUAUUUUUCAAAUGCAAGAAAUGUUAUGUAUUGUAUACCAAUUGUUUUGAUAUACUUUAGCCUACCAGCAUUUCAAAAUGAAACUAAUGAUACACUAUUAAUCAUUGUGUGCAUGUGUUUAUUUGUUUGAUUCAUUUCAAAGUUUUUCUGCUGUAGCAGUUUGUUUAUAACUGGCAUAAUUUGGCUGUUUGGGCUGCUUUAAAAUACAGAUUGAUUUUCAAUACUCAUGUUCAUACAUGUUCAUUGUAAUGUUGUAGGUAUUUUGGCUUAUGAAGAUUGUAGAGGUGGUUGAUAGAAUUACGAAACAAUUUUUAAGGGCGGACGGUGAAUAAAGAGAUGUUUUUUUGUA